AAGAAUACCCUGCCUUGCCUCUUUCCUUUUAGAAGGCUCAAUUUCCCAUAGGCAUCUCCGUUCUGUGACACACACAAACAGAGGAAUCAAUAACCACAGCAGAGAAAGAGCCACAUGAAAUGGCCACAAAAAAGGUCUCAUCGGUUCAUGUAGAUGAAGACUACAUUGACAUUGAACCAAGAUUUUCUUCCCCCAACAUCUUCUCUUCUUAUUCCCUCGACAUUCCACAACAGAACAACAACAACAACAACAGAGAAUUCGAGUUCCAAAACAAGGAAGAGUCCAUAACUUCCCCAGCUGAUGAACUCUUUUACAAAGGAAAACUCCUUCCUCUUCACCUCCCUCCUCGCUUAGAAAUGGUGGAAAAGCUUCUUGAAAACGCUGGUUCCACCUUUGGCUUUUCAAGAUCACAGUCAUCAUUGGAAGACAGUAGAUUUAGGAUGUUGCAGUCAACAAAUGCCACCACACCUCUUGAGUCCUGCAACAUCUCUCCCUCGGAAUCACGCAGGGUUUGUUCCUGCGAAUCACUUCCAUCUGAGUAUCAAUUUGAAUGGUGCUCUAAGAUAGAAGGGUUGGUUAGUGAUCUUCAUCAUCAUCAUCACCAACAACAACAUGUUCCUAAGAAACAGACCAAGCAGAAGCAGUUCUGGCUGGCUCAGGGGCUCAAGGCUUCAAAAAGUUACUUGAAAUCCUUGUUCAGCAAAUCUGGUUGCUCUGAUAAGAGCUGUGCCAGUGAUGCUGCAACGAGCAAAGUGGGGGAAAGUUCGAUAGAAGUUAAGAAACCAAAAUGCCAGAAUGAUGCUACGAAAAGCAAAAACAAAAACAAAAACAAAAGCCCAUUUGAGUUGUUUUGUGACAACAAGCACAGGAGGCAGAGAUCCUGCGCGGUGAAGAACAGUGACAUGCUCGAAGAUGGUUUCCUUAACAGCAGCAGCAGAAGGUCUUUCUCUGGGGUGAUUCAGCGACAUUAUGCUUCCAAGGCUUCAUCUUUGUCCACCUCUUCAUCUGGGUCAUCUUCUUCGUCUUCGUCUUUUUCACUCAGUUCAGCUGGGUCCUAUGAGUUGCAAUUGUUCAAUAGGAGUAUCAGUGCGGAGCUGGAGAAUUCUAUUGAGAGUGCCAUUGCUCAUUGUAAAAAGUCCCAGCAAAAGGGUGGUUUAAACAAGGUUUGUUCACAAUCUGCCGUUUGUGGGAAAAAGGGAAUAAUGGAGAAGACCCUGGUUAGAAAGGAUGAGUUUCUCAUUUGAAAUGCAAUUGUAUGUUAAGUGAGUUUGAUGAUGCUAGAGUUAAUAGCUUGGUUUUGCAGCAUUAACUUGUUAGAAUUGAUACUCUUGCUCUUGAUUCUCUCUCCCACCCUCUCUCUCUGUCAAUUCUUGUACAUGUUGCAUACUGAAUAAAAAUUGAACCUUUUUAGCAGUAA